AUGUCUGAUGUUACCAACGUAACCCACGUUACAAGCAUGUCUGAUGUUACCAACGUAACCCACGUUACUAGCAUGUCUGAUGUUACCAACGUAACCCACGUUACUAGCAUGUCUGAUGUUACCAACGUAACCCACGUUACUAGCAUGUCUGAUGUUACCAACGUAACCCACGUUACUAGCAUGUCUGAUGUUACCAACGUAACCCACGUUACUAGCAUGUCUGAUGUUACCAACGUAACCCACGUUACAAGCAUGUCUGAUGUUACCAACGUAACCCACGUUACUAGCAUGCUUCAUGUUACCAACGUAACCCACGUUACAAGCAUGUCUGAUGUUACCAACGUAACCCACGUUACUAGCAUGUCUGAUGUUACCAACGUAACCCACGUUACAAGCAUGUCUGAUGUUACCAACGUAACCCACGUUACUAGCAUGUCUGAUGUUACCAACGUAACCCACGUUACAAGCAUGUCUGAUGUUACCAACGUAACCCAUGUUACUAGCAUGCUUCAUGUUACCAACGUAACCCACGUUACUAGCAUGUCUGAUGUUACCAACGUAACCCACGUUACAAGCAUGUCUGAUGUUACCAACGUAACCCACGUUACAAGCAUGUCUGAUGUUACCAACGUAACCCACGUUACUAGCAUGCUUCAUGUUACCAACGUAACCCACGUUACUAGCAUGUCUGAUGUUACCAACGUAACCCAUGUUACUAGCAUGUCUGAUGUUACCAACGUAACCCAUGUUACAAGCAUGUCUGAUGUUACCAACGUAACCCACGUUACAAGCAUGUCUGAUGUUACCAACGUAACCCACGUUACUAGCAUGUCUGAUGUUACCAACGUAACCCACGUUACUAGCAUGUCUGAUGUUACCAACGUAACCCACGUUACUAGCAUGUCUGAUGUUACCAACGUAACUCAUACUGUAAAUUUACAUUUUCAACAUUGA